AUGUUCAGCCGCCUAAAGGACCGCUACGGAUACGGCAGCUCCUCUUCAUCUGGUCGCAAAAUCGAGGUUGAGGAAACUCAACUCGCCAAGCUUGGUCUCAUUGAAUCAUCGGCAGUCAAGCCUCCUAAACGACGACCUCGACCAGACUACGAUUUGGACACGCCUACAUAUCCCGAGAAAAGCUUUGCACGGUCAACCUCGGCGCGAGGCCACCGAUUCUCACCUUCAGUUAGCUCCAUCGGCUCGAGAAACAGCCGAGACAUUCGAAGUCUACACAGCUUUAGUACAGCCACCACCAUGGCGACGGCAGUCGAUCGCAGCCGCCAGCGCCGCGAGCGCACUUUUGUGGGCAGCGAAUGCGCCGUGUGCGAAGAACCCCUAGAGCACACGCUCCGGGGUGAGAGGAUACUUCAGUUCUCUUGCGGGCAUAUUUCCCACGAAGCAUGCUUCUACGAGUUCAUCCGGGAAUUCGAGUCCCAGUACUGCCCCAUGUGUAAUGCGCCCUUGCACCUGGACACGAGUAGGGCAGGCAAUGUGUUGGAUAUCGAGAAAAUCACAAACCUGACAAAGCGGUGGACGAAAUGGACAUGGCAGCCUUCGCGACAGUCGCGAAGCCCCUCCGAUCGAUAUGGUGCCUCGCGUGGCCACGUUCGAAGCGAUAGCGAGGCUACUGGUGUGGCCUCGUCUGGUGGAUAUCCCGAGACGACGCAGAGCGGCCCCACCCGCCGCCACGAUUACGAUUUGCAGGCCAUGGAGACAACACCCGGUAGUCCCCGAAGCGUCGCCCGAAACCCCAUCCCAGCUCCCACCGUCACGGUGCGCUCCGAAUUCCCGACGAUGACCAAGUCAAGGCAGCAGCAGACCCUAACCUGUCUUAUCACUGUCGAGGUCCCCGACAACAAAUGGCGCCCCGACCCGGAAGACCUCGCUCUCACGCCGUCCGCUCGCGAGGUAUUGGACGAGAUGACGGAGAAUCUCAGGAACAGGGUGGACAACUGGCAUGGCCUUGACUUUAGCAGAUUUGGCAAGUUGCGGUUGUACGGAACGCUCAAGGUCGGCAAGGACAAGAUGUCCUGGCAAGAGCUCGAGUGCUUCCUCUUUGCCGAGAUGUUGAUCUGCGUCAAGGAGAAGCGCAUUGCGGCAGCGCAGCAAUGGGACGAGAACGGUAUGCCCAAGAAGACAACGCGGUGCACGCUCAAGGGCUCGAUCCUCAUCAAGAAGCAUCUCAACGAUGUUUCGGAAACCGGUAGCAUCGACGAAAACAUCCUCACCCUGGCUCUCUCCGUGGCGGAGCUCCCCCAGUUCCACCUCCGCUUCGAAAACCGAAACCAGCUCAAGCUCUGGCAGCAAGCUCUGCUCGACCUCAACGCGGUCGAGGGAUCUCCUGUGCGGAGCCCCGAAUAUGACCGUGGCGAGUUCUCCGAAACGGAUGAGGAGACAGACUGGAACCGAGGAUCGCGGCAGCAGCGCGUCUCAUCGGUUGCGUCGUCGUGGGGCCCCAAGUCGGCCACUACCGCGCCAACGGAGUAUACCAACUUCGCCAAGAGCCCGCUCAUGGCGCCGACCGUGCACGUCCCUAUCGAUGUCGUCGUGGUCGUCCCUAUCUCUUCCUCCAUGCAAGGCGUCAAGAUUAAUCUUGUCCGUGAUGCGCUGCGCUUCAUGGUCAACUCGCUUGGUGAGCGAGACCGCAUGGGUCUGGUUACUUUUGGGUCCGGAGGUGGCGGCGUGCCCAUUGUGGGCAUGACGACCAAGUCUUGGCCCGGUUGGACCAACAUCCUCUCGUCGAUUCGGCCCGUUGGGCAGAAGAGCCAUCGCGCGGAUGUUGUGGAGGGUGCCAACGUGGCCAUGGACCUGCUCAUGCAACGCAAGUACAACAACCCUAUCGCGACCAUUAUGCUCAUUAGCGAUGCUUCCACCUCGGAUGUGGAUAGCGUGGAUUUCGUCGUCUCGCGAGCCGAGGCCGCCAAGAUCGCGAUACAUUCCUUUGGCCUUGGCAUGACGCACAAGCCGGACACCAUGAUUGAGCUGUCGACCCGGACGAAGGCGUCGUACACGUACGUCAAGGAUUGGAUGAUGCUGCGCGAAUGCCUGGCGGGAUGCCUGGGCGCCAUGCAAUCGCUCUCUCACCAAAACGUCAAGUUGAAGCUGAAGCUUCCCGAGGGCUCACCCGCCAAGUUCCACAAGAUCAGCGGCGCCCUUCAGAUUACAAAGCGAGCCACGGGACGGGAUGCGGAGGCUUCACUCGGCGAUCUGCGAUUUGGAGAGAAACGAGACAUCCUCGUGCAACUUGUUAUCCUCCCAGACACCUCGUCGCAGGAUCAGCUUCCUCAGGAUACCUGGGACAGCCUCGUCUCGGGCCUGGAGGCGCUUGGUGGCUCCAUGGACUCGGAUGAGCCACGUACGGCCAUCGCUCCUGGCCAUCACGAUGCUUCCUGGCUCACACAACAAGAAGUCGUGGAUGAACACCCCACCCAUUCCCCUCAUCCCAACGUGGUGCAGCGAAGGAUGGAGCUUUUGACGUCCGACAUGCUCACGAGGGCGUUGACGCUCGUCUCUCGUGGACAGCAUGACAGGGCAUACACUCUUCUCAACGAAACGAGAUCGAUUCUCAAGGGCCUUGGCAAGGGUGGGCUUCCUCCUGUACCGUCGAUGCCUUCCAAGUCACCCAUGAUGGGCCACGGCAUGUCGGACGUAUCUCCGCUUUCGGCGACACCUGACAGGAAGCGCACGCCGUCACCGACGACCUCGGCUCAUUCCUCGGCGACCAACGGUGCGAUUGGAAGAAGCCGAUCCCAGGAUGGUUUGUCGUUGGGUGCGGGUAUCGAUGCGGAAACGGUGGCGGCGCUCGAUGCGGAGCUGGAAAGCAGCCUCGAGUGGAUCAACCACCCGGCCGUGUUUAGUCGGGACAGCCGCAAAGCGGUUCUCCAGACUAUUGGUGUGAUUAGCUCACAACGCGCCUUCACAUACCGGACGCCGAUUGAGAGCCUCUGGGCGAGUCGCGUGGGAGGAGUGAGGAAGCUGACGAACCGAUCCAGGGAAUGGCGAGAAGAGGGCGGUGGUGAGGGUGGCAUCACGGAGGAGGCGUGA